AUGUCGCAGCUCAAUGUUUAUUGGACGUCUAAUAAGAAAGCUUGGGUUACAACGUCUUUAUGCACCGAUUUGUUUGAGAAGCACUUUGUUCCUGAUGCCCAACAGAACUGGAGGAAGAACAUUAUCUUCAAAGUGAUCCUGUGGAGGCAGUACUCCCAGUCCCAGCACCGGGAUUUUCAGAUGUUCAGGUUGAAGAUUUGCAAAGAAUCGUUGGUCAACGAUUUGCCAGAAAACAUUGGUCAACAUCAGCAGCAACCGACAAUUGACGAAAUGUUGGAGGAUAAUGAAGAACAAGAACAACAGCAACCAACACAAGAGGAUGACAUUAAGCCUGGUGAGCCUACAACAUGCCAGCUGACUGAGAUGCUCACAAACAUUGCACGUCUCAAUGACCAGUUAGAAGAAUAUGAUACCAGCCCUCAUCCUUGGAACCUUAUGUGCUCUGCCCUUGAUAAGGGGCAGACGCCGUUCGCCCAGGGCCCUAACGACACCCCUGAGGAUAUCCUUCAGCGUAUCGGAGAGGGCAAGUUCAGUCUGGACUCCGGCAACUGGGUGUCCGUGUCCCCUGCUGCCAAGGAACUGGUGACACAGAUGCUGCAUCUGGACCCUGGACAGCGUCUGACGGCAGCUCAGGUGGCUAACCAUCCUUGGCUGUUGCACCGUGAGGCACUGCCCAACCUGAGGCUCCUGCUGCAGGAUGCCUCGCUCGUCAAGGGCGCCAUAUCCGCCACCUACAGAGCCAUCAACGACUCUCCUCGAGCACCCAACCUAGGACCUGUGGCUGCCUCAGCCCUGGCUCGGCGCCGUGGCAAGUCCCGACCCAAGUCUUCUACAGAGGUCUGACAUCCGGCCGCAUGCCACAGGUCUCAGCCUCGCCUUCAGAGUGAGGAUGCGGUAGCCAUGUCCCCGCAGCCAGAAUGGGCAGCCUCCACUUCCCUCAUCCACAUGCCUCGGACGUCAUCUGAUGAUCAAUUCCAGUCUGCGGGACCAGCACCAAACCUGGAGGCAUCAAGCUCUAAAGUCACACUUCCUUGGUCAUUUAACCCCCAGGACACCAGUCCCAUAGCAUUCAACCCACAAAUAACGAGCCCCACCACAGAUAGUCAUCAGGUGUCAAGUGCCCCAGCUGCACACUACAAGGAGUGCAGUAUUGCUGUGCCUGUCACCUACCAGAAACAAAAACAGCCACAACAGUUGCAGCAGCAGAAACAACUUGAACAUCAGCAGCAACAGAAACAACUUGAACAUCAGCAGCAUGAACCACAACAGCAAGAACAGCAACAGCAGGCUAGACAAAACAAGCAGAGGCGUCGUUCCCACCGACGCCAUCGUCGUCGUCGACGUGCCACCUCCACUGCUUCAUGAAUUACUGGCUAACUCACUUCUGUCGAUGAAAGACCAUGAAGUCGUUGGCAUCUCCACCAUCCUGUGGCAGUUCCAGUAAUUCUUUAAUUCACUGCUCCAGUCAACGGUUCCAAUUAACUUGAAUCAAUAGAAAGCAGACCAUAAUUUUUUUUCAAAUCUGCUUAAAUCUUAAAUAGCUGCCAAUGUUGAACUCAUGAAAAUAAGUGACAUUGUUCUAUAUUAUUAUGAAUCUUACAGUAUAAGGCAACAAUCAAAUAUGAGAGUGACUGAACACAUGUAUAAGGCCAAUGGAACUGGCUGUAGAGCUGACUUAUUUGCAUGAAGAUCAUGAAGGAUUGUAAAUGUGACAGUGUCAUUACUUAGAGACAAGAAUGGUUUGGUUACCUGGAGAUAGCAGGUAUUCCCUUGGGAGUUGGAUGGUCCUGUCCCAUCUCCAGGUGGUUUGUGGAUAUUAACCACAUUUACCAAAUAUAUGAAGAUAAAAGGAUCAGCUAUUAUCAUCCUUUCUUCAAAGGUGACAGAAAAUGAAAAUUGGUAUGGAGUAGUAAAAUUAGGAAGUAUUUAUUGUUGAGAGGUAUGGGGACAUCAGUGUCACACUGAACAGAUUAGGUGUGAAAUCAACAGGGACAGCUAGUGGGAGCUGUGCACAUCAUUAAUGAAUUCCUAAACAGCUGUUGAUUGUACUCUUGAGUGGUUCAAUGGUUUCAAACUGUCCUGCACUCGCUGUAGUCAGGAAAAGUAAUUUAAAUUACUACGGAUAUUACUAAAGGUCUCUCAAUGUUGUUGUAUAGAAAUGUUCGAGGCAAUGUGUAGAAAUGGUAAAAAUGGUUCGUAGUUUAGUGACAAAGCUAUCAGCAAGGUGCAUACAAAAAUAUAUUUAAUACAAUUACUUCUGGCUAUUGUCAAAUUAUAUAUAUAUAUAUAUAUAUAUAUAUAUAUAUAUAUAUAUAUAUAUAUAUAUAUAUAUAUAUAUAUAUAUAUAUAUAUAUAUAUAUAUAUAUAUAUAUAUAUAUAUAUAUAUAUAUAUAUAUAUAUAUAUAUAUAUAUAUAUAUAUAUCGUAUUAACUUGUUGUGGUGCCGAAAGUCAAAUGUCAUUACAGACAAUGUUACAAGAACGUCGAGAUUACUCAAACAUGCAUUGUUCAGUUACUCAAGGAUCUGCAGUGUUAAUAUUACAAGUUGACGUAUUGUCUUUCUUCCAUUCCCUUGUAUUUUUGGAAGGUGACAGUAAGGGCAUAAUUAGUGUACAGGUAUGUGGUGAGGUGUAAGUGACGAGGACCACCCGGGCGGUGGCGCUAACUGCAGCACUGGACUCUCUGGCAAGGUGACCCACCCCAACCACUGCGCUGGCGUGUGCUAGUCAUUGUGCGGUCACCUGGUCCUCUCAUUAUCAUGUGUACUGCCACGUGCCCCAGGUAACUACCAGUCCUCCUCAGUCAUCGUUUGUUGUGCACUCGUUCCUCUACACCUGGUCAGUGACAAAAGUCUUGGUCAUUACCAGGUGUAAAUUCAUGCUAGUGACGGGGGACUCGUAACCGGUUCUCGUUGGCAGGAAGUAUUCAAUGCAAGUGUAUUUUUGAAGUUGCCUUCAGUCUGUAUGUUACAUCGGUGGACUCUCGCAAAGACACCGCCCAUAUUGUGUGUGUGUUUGGUCAAGUACCAUCAGCCAGUCCGACAGAGUACAUAGAUGUAGUCUCAUGCUGUUUAUUUUGUCCUAGGUAGGCAGGUGAAGUUGUUGAUAUAUCGCCAUACAGUUGUUUAUUCAAGCCUUACUAUUGUCUUUAUUUUAUAAUAUAAAUUUUGUUGUUGCCUGUAAAUAUAGGAAGAGUAUUAUACCAGAUGGCUCUUGUAAACUUGCUUGCCAUUGUCAGUCUUCAAAAUAGUGUUCAGUCGAGGUACCUUCAGAUGAAAAGUGUAUUUUUGAUGGCAAGUUGUACAUUUUUAUAGGAUCCUAUGAUGUAAACGACGAUACCGGUGCAAUGCCCAGCGCAGCGGGCCUGGUGGGGCGAGGGGCAGGUACGGUGGUCAGUGAGUUGGCGAGCCAGCCCACAGGUGGGGCUACGACAAGUGCAUAGGGACAAAGAUAAUCAAGUGGAUAGAGUAUUUGUUUCACAUCCUCAAAGCUACAAAUGGAGAGUAGGCACAGAUUUUCCUUUUUAAUCAUCGAAUUAGUUUGCAGUAUAACUCAGAGAGGUUCCUUGUGUAAUAUAGAUGAAUAUUGGGGAAAGGAUGGGAGUAAUGUACAGAAUAUCAAGUCUUCAUCAGAUAUUCAUAGUGAUAUGGGGAGUAUUGGGUGAUCUCUAGGUAUAUAAUUGGAUAAUUUCAUAGGUAUUCAUUUUUCCAUGAUUCCAAAGUGUUUAUGCCAACACGUCAACGAGAUAAAAUUCAUAAAUAUGUCAAUCAUGGGAAGAACAACAUAAUUAUGAACUGCCAGGUGAGGCUGCCCUAGGCAGGUGAAACUCAGGUAUGUGAUCAUUUGGGUGAAGUGCUUGAGGUGCUUAUCAUAGCUCUUCUAUCGACUUUAGUUCCGGGUAGACGCUUGUGAUGUGAUAGGCGCCCACAUACACUAUAAAUUACAAAGUGUUUUGCCCGGUGUACAUUGCUUCAGGAUAAAUAUGGUUGAAAUAGUCAUUUGGGGUUUCGAGUUGAUAUGUUUAGUUUUUAUACACUUACCCAACCAAGCCUGCCCCUUCCCCGUUGGCUCAUCUCAGUCGCCUGCUCUGAUUAUUUUGAAAAUUUAUUUUUACUGUUGAUAUUUAAAUGUAAUGAUUAAGUUCCAAAUAAUAAAGAUACUUCUUACAAGCAA